AUGCUACCGGCGGUGGUGGUGGCCGCCGGUUGCUGUGGCGGGGGGGAGACGGCCGGCGGCGCAGGUACCAUCCGGUCGCCGGCACCAUCUUGGAUCAGGUCCUCCAUUUCGACAAGAUUUACGACUACCUGACGGGGCUCGGCCGCCGCCACAAGACCUUUCGGGUGCUCAUGGGGUUCCGCUACGAGAUCUACACCUGCGACCCCGAGGUCGUCGAGCACAUUCCCUCCUCCAACUUCCACGGGUACGACAAGGCGAGUGGUGGUGGCGAAUUCCUCCAUCAAUUUCUCGUUGUUGCCGUCGUCUUGCUGCUGACGAUGGGGGCGGAUUAGAGUUGGUAUGACUACGAGACGAUGGAGGCUCUCCUGGUGGACGGGAUCUUCUUGGUGAACGGGAGCAAAUGGCUCCACCAGAGGAAGCUCUCGAGCCGCCAUUUCUCCACGAGAUUCCUGAGGGACUACAGCGGCUCCAUUUUCAAGACCAAUGCUACGAAGCUCGCCGAGGUCAUCUCCGACGCCGCCGCCUCGGGUGAGCCGGUAGACGUUCAGUCAUGUCUCUCUCCUCACCCGGUGAUUUGGAUUCUCUGAAACACACACUCCGGUUCCGCUUCAGUCUCCAUCGUUUUUUCUUUUUCCAUUUUCCUACGAGCUGUUCGUGAAAUCUGCCGUUUAUGGCUUCCCUUCUUUCGAGGCUGCCACAGUAAAUGCAUGCAUUUAAUGCGGAGAGGUGGAAUACGAGGGAGAAACGGUCAGUCGGAAGACUUGAUUAUCAUACACUCAACGGCUUAUUUAUGGGCUGACCACGUCACGAACCAACAGUGCACGCGGAAGAAAGUGAAACCGUUCGUCACGCUUCCCGAGGUUAUUGGUCGCAAGGUUACUGAUUAUCUGAAUAAGUUCACAAAGGCUGUUAUAGAUUUGACAAACAUUGAUGUUAAAAUAGAAGAUGAAGAUGAAGCCAUAUUAAUCUUGUGUUCUUUACUUAUUUCGUAUGAGAAUUUUGUGAUUUUUUUUCUAUUUGGCAAAUAUGACAUUAAGUAGAAGAUGUCAAGGCGUCAAUUAACUCAAGGAAGUAAAAGAAAAGAAUGCAAGAUAUUGAAGAAGAUGAUCAAGCAAACGGCUUGAUAGUUUGAGAAAGAAUGAAAAAAGAGUAUGGUCAAAAGAGCAAAUCAAGAUUGAAAUCUAAAUCAACAAAGAAGUUUCGUUAUUAUGAGUGUAAUAAGAAAAGACACAUUAAGAAGAAUUAUUCGCAGUUGAAGGAAAAAGGAAAUGAGUCUUUUGAUAAAGUAAACAUCGUUCAAGAGGAGACGAGACUGACCUUGGUGAAACUGUUUUGUCAAUUUCUACUAGAUCUUCUAAUGAUGACUGAAUUCUUGAUACAUAAUAUACCUAUCAUAUGUGUCUCUACUAGGAUUAGUUUUCUAUUUACAUAUUAGUAAAUAAUGAUAUAGUGACAUUGGGUGAUCACAACACUAUUAAUGUUGUAAGAAUAGGUACAAUACGGAUUAAGAUGCAUGGCAAUGACAUCAUGACUUUAGAAAUGAGACAUAUUCUAAAGUUGAAGAAGAAUUUUAUCUCUUUAGGUACUUUGGAUAAGUAAAAAUACAAAUAUUUUUCUGAGAAUAGUAUUCUACGAAUUUCUAGAGGUGUUCUAGUUCUGAUGAAGGUGAAGAUGAUCGAAACUCUUUAUCAUCUAUUUGGACACACUAUUACAAAUAAUGUGAAUGUGGCUGAAGAUUUAGAUAUUUUUAUUAAGUUAUGACACAUGAGGUUGGGCCAUAUGAGUGAACGAUGUGAUGGAGCUAAGCAAGCGUGGUUUACUUGCAUGUCAAAAGACUGGUAAACUAGACUUCUAUGAGCACUAUGUGUUUGACAAACAAUGUAGAGUGAGGUUUAGUAUUGCAGUCCAUCGGACCAAGGGUACAGUAGAUUACAUCCACUUUGAUCUUUGGGGUCCUACUCUAAUUAUCUCGAAGGGCGGUGCAAAUUAUUUGUUGAGCUUUAUUGAUGACUUUUCCAAGAAAGUAUGGGUUUACUUUCUCAAAAAGAAGCAUGAGGUGUUCAUCACAUUCAAGUAAUGAAAGGAGUUGAUUGAACAGUAUACUAGAAAACAGAUCAAGCACCUAUGUACUAACAAUGAUAUGGAAUUUUGCUCGAAUGUUUUAUAUGAAUUCUACAAGAAUGAAGGUAUCGUUCGGCAUCGCACUAUAGCGCGAACACCACAACAAAAUAGAGUUGCAGAAUGAAUGAACAAAACACUCUUGGAGCGUGCUAGAAGUAUGUUAUCUCAAGCAGGUAUAUCAAAGGACUUUUGGGCAGAAGUUGUUAACACAACUUGCUACAUGGUUAACAGAUCUCCAUGUACAGCCAUUGAGUUAAAAACUUCUAAAGAAGUAUGGUCUAGUUCUCUUACUGAUUAUUCUCACCUCAGAAUUUUUAGUUGCCCCGUUUAUAUUCAUGUCACUGGUGACAAGUUGGAGCUAAGGGCGACACAACGUGUAAAGUGGUAUUAGUUGUAGUGCACUAAUCUUCUAUUACCAAAGUUUAUGAUCAAGAGAGAUGUAACCUUUUAUGAAUUUACGAUGCUUCAAAAUAGAGAGAAAUCAAAAAUAGAUGAAGGAGAUCAAGUUAGUAGCAAAUAAAAAAAGUUAAAGGUGAAGCUCUCAGAUAAUAUAGUGCAAAAGAAGACAGCUAAAGUUCAAGAAAAGCCAUAGAAUAUAGCAAUAGAGGAAGUCUCUCAAUGGUAACCUAGUAUUGCAAGAGAUAGGUAACGAAGAAUGAUCAAGCCACCUAACAUGUACUAUAAUAUGAUAGCUUUUACUUUAUCUAUUGUAGAUGAAGUUGGAGGGACAAAACCAUGUUCUUACAAAGAGACUAUGACUAUCGACGACUCUUCAAAGUGGUAGUUGGCCAUGCAAGAGGAGACAAAGUCUCUAGAGAAGAACAAGACAUGGAAGUUUGUGAAGAUACCACAUGGUCAAAAGAUUGUAGGGUGCAAGUGGGUCUUUAAGAAGAAAGAAGAAUUCGUGGUUGGAGAAGGUGUUAGAUUCAAAACACGUUUGGUGGUGAAGGGCUUCACACAAUGAGAAGGUAUUGAUUUCAAUGAGAUUUUCUCUUUUGUGAUAAGACAUACAUUAAUUCGUGUUUCACUAGCUAUUGUUACUUCACUCGAUUUAGAGUUGGAGUAGAUGAAUGUGAAGACAACAUUCUUACAUGGUGAGCUAGAGGAAGAAAUCUAUAUGUAUUAGCUAGAAAGUUUCGAGAUUCCUAACAAAGAAGACUAUGUGUAACUAUUGAAGAAAUCAUUAUAUGAUUUGAAAUAGUCUUCGAGAUAGUGGUACAAGAGGUUUGAUACAUUUAUGUCGAGUCAUAAUUACUUGUGAAGUAAUUAUGAUAGUUGUGUAUAUCAUAGAAAACUUUCAAAUGAUUCAUAUAUAUAUUUAUUGCUAUAUGUUGAUGAUAUGUUGAUUGCUGUCAAGAACAUGCUAGAUAUUAACCACUUAAAGUCUCAGUUGAAUGGUGAAUUCAAGAUGAAGUAUCUCAGUACAACGAAGAAGAUAUUGGAUAUGAAAAUGUACAAAGACCAUAGCACUAGAAGCUUGUACUUGUCUCAAAAAUAAUACAUAAAGAGGGUGUUGGAACAAUUUAGCAUGAUAGAAUGCAAAACUGUAAGUACUCUAUUGACAACUCAUUUCAAGUUGUCUAUUGAAGAUUCAUUGAAGACAGAGAAGAAAAUGGAACUAAUGAAUAGGGUUCCAUAUGCGAAUAUAGUGGGAAGCAUUAUGUAUGCUAUGGUAUGCACUCAUCCAGAUAUUUCUCAUAUUGUUAGUGUGAUCAGUAGAUACAUAGAAAAUCUAAGGAAGAUUCAUUUAGAAGUUGUAAAGUAGAUUCUUCAUUAUCUUAGAGGUGCUUCAGAUGUAAGCUUGAUAUUUUAGAAGGGAAGUAAUAACGAUAGCCAAUUGACUGACUAUGUGGAUUCAUAUUAUGCUGGUGGUCUGGAUAAGAAGAUAUCCUUGACAAGAUAUGUGUUUACUCUUUUAGGUUAUGCCAUUAGUUGAAAGGUUAUCCUACAGUCUACAAUGGCUUUGAAAUCGACAACAGAAGUUGAAUAUAUAACAAUGAUAAAAAGAGUGAAAAAAGCUUUAUGACUUCAAGACUUAGUUGACGAUUUUGAUCUUAUAUAGGAGACGACUCUAAUAUAUUGUGACAAUCAGAGCAUCAUACAUUCGACUAAGAAUCAGAUGUUCCAUGAGAGUACCAAACAUAUUGAUGUCAAGUAUCACUUUAUUUGUGAUGUUAUAAUGCAAGGAAAGGUUGACCUGAAGAAGGUUCAUACAACAGAGAAUCCUACGAAUAUAUUUACGAAGACACUUUACUCAAAUAAAUUUAGACAUUGUCUAAACUUGAUUAACUUAUGGAUUGAACGGGAGAAACGGUAAUGUGAAUUGCCUCCUUUUAUUAUGGACUGAACACGUCAUUAACUAGAACGGUCCAGGUGUAAGAAAAUGAAAUCAUUUGGCACGCUUCCCGAUGUCUUUACUAGCAUGGUUACCGAGGUGGCUACAAGGUGCAUAUAAAUAGAGGGGUCACCUCCCCUCAUUUGGAGCAGCACAAGCAACCCCAUUCUACCCUUGUUUCACCAUAGAGAGAGAGUGUUUGAGAGAGAGCUUUUAAAGAAGAUCUCUUAGGUUGAUGAGUGCAUUAGAAGGCUAAGAUUAGGAAUCUAUUCUUUGGGUUAUUGAGGAGUGUUUCUCUUGUAUUACUUUUCGCAUCUAAUGGAGUUUUCUACUGAAGUCCAUAUAGGACGUGUUACUCUAACAAAAUCAACCAUAGACGCAGAUAUUCGAAGUUGCGGUUCAACGUCCAGCUGAGCUAUGUGCAGGGAUCUGAUAAGGAAGGGGCCGAGUUUACGUGGGCAUUCGACGAAUCAAGUGCACUGAUCGUGUGGCGCAUAGUCAAUCCCCUAUGGAGGCUGGAGAGGUUUCUCAUCGUGGGGGCAGAAGCGUUGUUAUGGAAGAACAUCAAUUGAGUGGACGAGUACGUCUACAAGAUGAUCCACGCCAAGAUCUCUAAGGGACAAGAGCAGGUUCUUGACCCGCUGCUUGCAUUCAUCACCUCCAUCUCCCAUUCUUCCACUCUCUCGCUCUGUUCGAGCAUUCACGGACGUGCAUGAUAGCCCUUACAAGUGAAGUAGGAGGCGGACAUCUUGUCGAGGUUUCUGCAGGACAGAGCGGAGGACCCUACGAAGAUGAGUCUCAAGUACUUGAGGGAUAUAAUUCUCAGCUUCGUCAUCGCUGGCAAGGACACCACAGUGGGAACUCUCUCUUGGUUCUUCUACAUGCUCUGCAUGCACCCGUCUGUGCUGGAAAAGAUGUAUCGAGAAGUGGAGACCGUAGUCGGAGAGGCUGAGGCUGAGGCUGAGGCCGAGUUGUCCUUCGGAGGCUUCGCUGGCCGCAUCACGGAGAAGAUGAACUACCUCCGGGCCGCUCUGUCUGAGACGCUGCGGCUCUACCCGGCCAGACCCCUGAUCAGUGGAAGAAUCAGUGAACAUUACUAAUCUUUCUUCGAGGUUCCUGGUUCGAUUAUGCUAAUGAUCUUUGGAUUUUUUAUCGGUUUGAAGGAUAGCAAGAUGUGCUUCGCAGUAGACAGGCUCCCCAAUGGUUCGACGUGAGGGGAGGUGAGGUGAUCUUUUUCCAACCCAAUGCCAUGGGGAGAAUGGAGUACAUCUAGGGUGAGGAUGCAGAGGACUUCCGUCCGGAGAGAUGGCUGGACGAAGACGGGGUGUUCCGCCAUGAGAGCCCCUACAAGUUCACCGCUUUCCAGGUGAGAGAAGACGGGAUACCUGUCCUACAGCUUGUACUGACUCUGGGGCUCGCUUUCUGAUUGGGACACAGGCCGGGCCGCGUCUGUGAUUAGGAAAGGAGUUAGCUUACAGGCAGAUGACGAUCUUCCCGGUGGUCCUCCGGUUCUUCGCGGUCAAGUUGGCCGACGAGAAGAGGGCGGUGGAGUACAAGACCGUGCUUGUUGUGAUAAGUAAUACUCUGAAGUAA